GUGUGAAUAGUGCCGUUGCUACCUUUUUGUUUUUUUAAGAGGUUAUGGUAAUGGUGCUUUGAUUAGUAAAAAGUGUAAAGUUUAUUGAGUUUUUAUUAAAACACUGCUAACUUUUUCUUAACGACGUUUCUCCAUAAAAAAAAACAUUGCAAUACUCUGUUAAACUUUGCCCUAUGAUGAUAGAUACAAAUGUGCUGAGUAUCGUUAAUUUUUUUUGUAUUGUUAAAAGUAAAUUAUUUAUGAUUUAAGUGUUUUCACUCGAAAAAUUCUAUAUUCUUUGAAAUAGUUGAAUACGCCGUUUUUUUAUUUAUUUGCAAUUGUGACUUUCAAAAGUAUUGAUCAUCAUGCCACAAUAUUCAUCUAAUGUGAAGCGAUAUCAUAGCUACAGGAAUCGUGGAAGGCGUCCAUAUAACAGUGACGAUUACUAUCAAGAGAAUGAGAAUCACUACGUUCCUUCAUCUUAUCAGACGGCUUUAUGUCAUACGGAGAAACGCAACACCUAUAGUGAUAACGAUCGCAGCAAAAAGGCGUCUUAUAAUUCCAACCAUAAUCGUUCAUUGACUCAAUCAUCUCGUCAUCGUGGUAGAUAUCAUACAACAGUUUCUGACAGAAAUGGUGAUCCUGUACGUUCCCGUGAUUCGUUUAAAAAUGAUUCUUUUCUUUUUUGUUCUAAUUAUACAUAUAAAGGCGUAUGUGAUUAUCGACCGCGAUGCAGGUUGCGUCAUGAAUUACGUCUAGUUGCUAAAACGGCAGCUGCACAUUCAAAAGGCAUUUACUCUAUGUGUUCUGUUGCAUUGGUACCGAAUGAGCAAGAUCGUCGAAUGAUUAAUAUUCAGGAAGGAAUUUCCAUUGUUGAAUUAUAUACCUCAUCCCAGGAUAAAACAAUAAAAAGGUGGAUGCUGUAUCCUGCAUCAAGUCAAGUUUCACCCUGCGACACUCCUGAAAAAUGUCAAGCAAGUCCGGACGAGGAUUUGAAACUACAAUUAGCAAGCAUUAUUCAAAUGGAAUCUGUUUGCUUGUCUAUGUUUUUUGGCGAAGGAUGCUUAAUUUGUGGGUUAAAUGACGGCACUAUUAAAAUUUUUGAUAGAGAAACUGGCUACGAAAUCACAUUAAAAGGGCACAAAGUUGAAGUGCACUGCGUUAAAUUAAUAGACCGUAUUCUUGUUAGCGGUGACUGGAAUGGUUUGUUAAAAUUAUGGACGCCUAAUGCUGCCGAAAAAAAUUUCAAUGAGACAGCAUCCAUUGAUGUUGGAAGUCCUAUCACUUGUUUUGUUGACGUCUCAAUUCCAAUCCCAAGUGACAAUGGCGCUGCUAUCCAACGGCAUCUGUGGAUAGGUUGCUCGACAGCCAUUAAAAUUUUAGAUCUCCAGACAUUGACAAUAGUCAAAAGUAUUAGUUUAAGUCCUUCACCCUCAGUACGAGCCACUCCAGCUAAAGAAUCCCACUCCUACUCACGGCGCCGUUUUGAUCCAGUCGUUAUGGGCCUUUGCGUGGUUGAUGAUCAUAUUGUUUGUAGCCUUUUAAGUGGCUUAACGAAAAUAUACUCAGUGCGUGAUUUCAAUCAAGUGAUGACGGACAAGUCAACCGACGUUAAACCGAAAAAUUUUGAAAAACGACAUUUAUGCUCCAUGACAGUUUCUUCAAGUGAAGACGGCCCUGCACUAGUAUGUGGACGGGCACAAGGUGUCAUUUCUGUAUGUCAUCUUCCUGAGAUAAAACAUGAGAUCUUAUUAAAACAAGCGCAUGAACAUGAUGUGCGUUCUGUUCACAAUAUUGGAGGGCAUCCUUCUUAUUUUUGUACAGCCGGUUUUGAUGGUUCUUUAUGCGUUUGGCACUGGAAAAAACAAAUUUGUUUGAAAACAUGACGUUUUCUUACCAAGGUGUUUGGUGUGCUGCGCAAUAAAAAAGUUAUGCAUCCAUUCUAUGGGUCCAACUGCUAUCCGAAUUUUUUAUGAUAAUACAUUCCAUUGUGUCGUUAAAAGGACAAAAGGCUCCCUAUCCCACUUUUGUAUGAUGGACUUUCCUUAAUGUGUUUUUAAAAAGAAAUACAACUGUUUUUUCUUUUUUUUUUGCAACGUUUUUAAAUUAUCACUAGGAAAACAAAAAAAUAGAGAAACGCUGUAUUAUGUCAGCCUUAACAUCACUCAAAAUUUUUCCUUGAAAAGUCAACUUUAUUUUAAUUGGUUCGGACGACAUCUUAAACAGCAUGGUUAUGCUCUUUUAAGGAUGCUAACGAGUGAAAUGUCA